AUGGCAGCUCGAUCACUCGCAUCCAGCACUUUCUUGCGCGCCGUCUCGGCGAGGAACGCCACGUCGUCGAGCUUGAGAGCGUCUGCGGCUCCCAUCAGCCUUCGCGCCUUCUCGUCCGCUAUCCCCAAAUUCUCCGCUCGACCCACGAUCCAGGGCGAUGGCAAGGGCGACCGCGUCAACUCCGUCAGCCCCUUCUUCGAGUCUGCGGGCGUCAACCCUGCCGACCAGUGGAAGGACGUCGCUGGCCCACUGCACGAUUUUGGCAGCUACAUCACUUCUUGUCUGCCGCGCUUCAUCCAGCAAUUCAGCGUGGUCAAGGACGAACUGACGCUCUACGUCGCUCCGGAUGCCGUUAUCCCCACCCUCACCUUCCUGCGCGAUCACACGCAGACGCAGUUCCGCGCAUGCAUGGACAUCUCGGGUGCCGACUACCCCACUCGAUCGCAACGCUUCGAGGUGGUCUACCAUCUCCUGUCCGUUCAGUACAACGCGCGCAUUCGCGUCAAGACCUACGCCGACGAAGUGCAUCCCGUUCCGAGUGCGACGGCGGUCUUCCGUUCCGCCGACUGGUACGAGCGCGAGAUCUGGGACAUGUACGGCGUGUUUUUCAUCGGUCACCCCGAUCUGAGGCGGAUUUUGACGGAUUACGGGUUCGAAGGUCAUCCGCUCCGAAAGGACUUCCCGUUGACGGGCUAUACCGAGGUCAGGUACGACGAGGAGAAGAAGAGAGUGGUCAGCGAACCCCUGCAGUUGACCCAGGCGUUUAGGAACUUUGAAGCCAACUCUCCGUGGGAGCAGGUGGGUGAGGGUGAGAGCUACAAGCCCAACGCGUUCAAGUUGACCCCGCCCAAGCCGAAGGAGGAGGGCAAGGACAAGAAGUAA